GAGCCUCAAGCCACUCGACCCCCAUUGAUUUCAUUGGAAAAUGGAAAUUCACCACCAUAACCAGUGGCACAUCCACAAUCAGAUCAAGUCCAGACCCAUGUGCUUCAAUGAAUGGCCCGAUGUAGCAUCCCAGAUCUGCGGCAAGGAGAUCAACGCGUGCCUGUCUGUCCCAUGAACCCUGGCCUGAGCGCGGCUGAGAAAACUUCGACGUGAUUUGAUUUGAUUUGCUCCGACCGACACGACACGACACAGGACAGGCCAAUCAAUCAAAACCAAGCUGUUUGUUUGGUCACCCUCAGACAGGACAAACACGCAGGGUCCAUUAAAUCAAGCACAUAAGUACAACCUGUUGCCAAAAUUGGGUUUUAGAAACACAGAUUCAGACCCAACGCGCACCACAUACAUACAUACCGACCUGCAUUACUCACGUGCUGGAGAUUAAUCGACGCCAAGACAUUCAGGCGUCGAGCACGACAGACAGAAGAGGAUCCUCAAUCUCAUCCCAUCGCAACGAGCCCUUCAGCUGAUACAGCAGAGAGGCUUCCACGCUACGGGCGUUGCAGAAUAACUGCAUCCAUAGCAGAGCAAGCAUCACAGAUCGCAGAAAGCGGAGAGCAGCGCAUAAGCAUUGCGAAGCAUAGCGCGGGCUUUCAUCGCCUCUGACUGCUUGCUGGCCGGGCCUCUCGGACGGAAGAAAAAAAAAAGAAAGAAAAAAAAGAGGAGAACAAAUGUAUCGUCCGGUCUUGCCGUUGCGGCCAACCUCGGCUAGAAGCCCCCAGAUGUGUAACAUCUGCAGCUUACUUUCCUCAAGGCAUUCUUUUGCAUCGCUGGCUACGGCGGCCACGGUUACGGGAGCAGCCAGGGCUUCCUAUCGAGCGUCCGCACGCUCGUCCAAGUCACGGGACUUGAACCCCCACGCCCUGGGCAAUUUUCCACCGGGCAUUAACUUUGAUGGCAGAUUCACAACCAGCGUCCACGGAUCCCGCACUGCCAGCAGUCUGUCAGGGAUUGGUAGUCAUGGCCAAAGGCAAAAUUCCACCUCAAGAUGGGCAAGUAACGACGACCAAGAUGCUAAACGAGGCAAUAGCAGUACCAAAUCCCAAGGAGGGCUUACGUUGGACAAAGUUAUCGCACCUGUUCUGCACUUCAAAAGCCUCUUCCUGAGCCAAACCGGGAUUCCUACUGAGGAAUCAGUUAUGUCCGUCCUACGAGCGUGUGAAAGAGCCACCGGUCUGUUGAAAAACUCUAUCCGCCCACCUCAACAUGCCAAUUUCGUUGAGUCAAAGCCGGCCCCGUCAGCGUCCGAGGCGCUCCUGUCAUUUGAUGGUUCCUCCUCCUCUGACGUUGCGGCUGGCUCGAGAUCCAAGGGGGAUGCCGGUCUUGGCACUGCCACCGAGCCCACCUCAGCUCCCCCUGCCCGCCGUCUGCCGCAGACACCAGGUCCUUCCCCGUCGCCUGAUUCAGCCCGGGCAGAUUCAGCCGGUGAUUUUGCCCGCCAGCACAAGAGGGCUAUGGACACCAUAUGGGAUACAUCCUAUGCCAUAAUAGCGCACCCUAACGCUCCUAUCCCCCGACAAGUGCUUAGCCAAUACAUUCGGGUUCAAGCACGUCUUGGCAGACCCGAAACACUGCCGCAUGUACUCUCCCUGUACGCGUCAAAGCCUGUGCCUCAAAAGGCCGACAACGAAGGAUCUAUCAAAUAUGUCAAACAGAAUCCAGACAUGCCGGCUCGUGCUGUAGAUCCUGAUAUUGCGGAGGCCGCCCUCGAUGUCGCAAUCGAAGCCAAGAAUUUGGAUGCCGCUGUGGGGAUCAUUGAGAACACUUACUCUGCCAAGGCGUUUACUCGAUCGAAACUUCUCCAGAAAGCUGCGUUGCCAGUAACCUGUCUGGCUUCGCUUCCUGGCGUCAUCUACAUCUUGGCAUCCAAGAUGUCAACAUUACAGAACACCAUGGACGGCUCCAAAGCCACUACUAUAGCCUUUGCCGGCAUCAUCACCUACAUAGGUUUCACAGGCAUCAUUGGUAUGAUCGCAACCGCUACAGGCAACGACCAGAUGAAGCGGGUCACGUGGACCCCAGGCACCUCAAUGUAUCAACGCUGGGCACGCGAGGAGGAGCGUGCGGCCCUCGAUAAGGUUGCAUGCUCGUUCGGUUUCUCCCAGCCAUCGCGCUGGGGCGAGGAGGAAGGCGAAGAAUUCGCGGCUCUUCGAGAGUACGUCAUGAGAAAGGGAAUGAUGCUCGACAGGGUCGAGUUGAUUGAGGGGUUUGGAGCCUAAAAUUUUAGAUUUUUCUUCUCUUCAUUCUUUGUCUCUUUUUUUUUUUCUCCUUACAUAAUCAAGAAGCAAUAUGUGCUGGUCUUACGAAUACAGCUCGUGAGGCUUUCUCCACUCGACAUAAAAGUAAAUGCCCCAUCUUAGGCUCUCAACGGCAGUGAUUUACUCUGAUUUACUCAGAAACUGAACCUUAGGAUCCUCUGCAGAGAAAGUCUUAAUUAGUGAGGCCCACUAUCUCAUAUUGCUGAGCGGUUUUUUUUUCUUCAUUUCUGCCUCAUUUAAAUUUUCCACUCGUUUCCAUUUUCAGAUGUAUCAAUCUGCCCCCAAGUCUGUUUGUACAAAGUUCCGCAAGAUAGAGUGAAUGAGGCUGUGAAGGGACUCGCGGCUAUCCCGGGACCUCACACCCAUCGGAUGUCAUGCCCACCCCCGAGCUUAAUCUUGGCGGAUUGCACGUCACUGGGGUGUCCUGACAUAAAC